UCACAAUUGAAAGUUGCCUUCACGCUGCCCUGCAGGGGUCCCCGGGCUCCCUCAUUGGUCGGCCCCCGGCAGGUACUAUUAUGCAGGUACUCGGCAGGUGCUCUGACGAUGUCUUGUAGUGACCCCCGUGGAGUCAGACAGGGUAACGCGUGCUUCUCACAUCCCGAUGAGGCAGUUGUAGGGUCCCGGCCGCAUGCCCACGAACGAACCGGUCGGACUGCAUGUAGUCACACCGUUCCUAGUCAGCGUAUCAACAUAAUGGACCAGUCCAACACUACCAUGGCCGACAGCUUCCCGAAGUUCACCCGAGCCCUGGUUCGGCAAGUUCCGGAGUCCAUUCGUGAACACUCGGAAGCGGUCAAAACUUACAAGAGAGACCGAUACUACAGAGGAUAUGAAUUUGAGAGAAUAGAUAUUGCUAAAGCCCGAGAAGAGCACGAGCGGUACACGCAAACCCUGCGGGACCUGGGGCUGGAGGUGACCGUCCUACCGGCGGACGAGUCCACUCCGGACUGUCCGUUCGUGGAGGACACCUGUGUGGUGGUCGGUAACAGAGCGCUGGUGACCAGGCCAUGGGGAGGACCUAGGAGAAAGGAGCUUGACUGUGUGGAGACGUGUCUGAAAAGUCUUGGACUGGAAGUGCACAGAAUCCAUGAUGAGAAGGCGAAACUGGAGGGGGGUGAUGUCGUCUUCACAGGAAAGGAGUUCUUCGUCGCCGCAUCAGAAUGUACCAACAAAGCAGGCCGAAAAGCCCUUGCCAACACGUUCCCAGAGUACCCUGUCCACACCAUCCCAGUCUUGUGGCCAGAGUUCCAUCUGAAAGGCGUGGCGUGCUGUGCGGGACCGGGCGUCAUGGCGCUGGGGAAGAACAAGGAUGGCAAAAGGGCAUGGGAGAAGAUUCUGGAAAAAAGUGAGUUCACGUAUGAACCUGUGUGGGUGCCUGACAAUACUGCUGUGGACUGUAUUCACGUCAACGGAACCGUCAUUCACUGUACUGAAAAACAGGGACCAAAAAGCAUAAAGGUGUUUGAGGAGAAACUCUCUUGCUUCAACCGGGUGCCAUGUUCUAUCGGUGAGCUGGGGAAGGUGGACGCAGCCUUGUCUUGUUGUUCUGUCCUUUUCUAGCUAGAAUCCCGGUCUGGAACGCCGAUCGUUCUAGGAUCGCAAACUGAAAACAGUCUUGUGAUAGACAUUUAUAUAUUAAGUAUAUAUACAGAACUUUAUUCCUGGUAGCGGGUUCUGUCACUAAUUCUACGAAAUAAAAAUUGCACAGCAGCCUACGGCGAAGGAGUUUUGUACAAGUGGGAAAAAAUAACACAAUACUAACAAGAAAUCAAAGCCGGUAGUUUUAAAUAAAAGUGUUUAGAUUUUUUAGAUAUAGAUAUUUCGUAUUAGCCAUUUCAGAUAAAGAAGUAGCCAACAGAACUCACUAACUCAGUUAGAACUUAAUUUUGUAGAAGUAGGAAAAUUAGUUUUUGUCAGGGUCGGAACAAUAUUCUUAAGUAUAGUGAGUGAUUUCACAAUAAAAAUACAAUAAAAUUUAAUACUACUUUAAAUCAACUUCAUAC